AUGCUCUUCUCCAAGACCAUCCUCCUCAUCGCCGCGGCCAUCGUCCCGUCCGUCAUGGCAGGCUGCAAAGCCGGGGCCCCCUUCCAAGGAACCUGCCUCAGCUGCACAUCUGACUGCCACGACAACUACGGCGGCCCUGACCGGCAGUCCGCUCUUCAGCGUUCUGGAUGCAUGACCGCUUGCCUCAUCAUGUGCGACGACUGCUAA